AUGCCGUUAGCAUGUGGAAGCAUCGCUAAAUCUGAUCAAGGUCAUUUAUUUGCAACAGGAACAUUUAAGGUUUAUGGGAGUUAUCCAUUUAGAACAACCAAUUUUUACGAAGCUCAACCAUCAACUUCGUCUGUUUCUCCCCGGGACUCUGCAAAACGUUUUAAGGUGCCAAGGUCAUGUAAGAAAUCUACCGCCUUCUGUCUUGGAAGAAAAGCUUCAGAUGUAGUUCAAUCUAGGAUCAAUUUAGUUGGUAAUAGUAAAAGUCAUUGGACUUAUCAACGAGACAUAUGCAUCAAAACAAGCUAUCGUUUCUCCUGUGAACCGAAAACUCAAGAGUAUGAUACUGAAAACUUGUGUAUCGUUAAAAAUUUAGGAUGGAUGAAUCAAAAUAUCGAAAAUUUAUGUUUCUGA